AAAAUUGUUAUUCUGCAUUGUCUGGAAAAGCUGUAACAUUUAACUUAAACGCUGCAGUCGUAGAGUGAUAAACUCAGUAACAAGCUAAAUCUGAGGCCAGGUAACUCUUUUAAAAAAGGUGUGAGGGGAAGAUAUUUGCAAAUAAUCAGCAGAGAUGCAAAAUGACUUCUUGUCUGUGGGGAGAGGUUAAACCAGGGUGUUUUUGAAGACAAGAGCUCACUGGGGCUGUGCAUCUCGCUGAAUGGAGGCCUUGAAUGCAGCGCCUGCCUCACCACAUACGAAUUUAAUAGGGCCUCCCCUCAGAUGCACAAUUCUAUCGCGUUUCUGUCAGCGGAGUGCAGGCGGCCGGCGGUGAUUCGCAGAGCUUGGGCCUCGCACCGCGCUCGGGUGCGGAAACCUGCGGCGGAGAGUCGGGCGCGGGGGGAGGAGGAGAGACGCCGGGGGGAGCCCCCGCACAGCCCGUCGGCCGCUUCCCGCCUGCGCGCCCCCUCGCUCCCCUCAGCCGCGCGCCGCCCCUGCCGGAGCGGGGCCACCCUGCACCCCGCAACGGGAAGCGGCGGCAGCACGGAAAGCCCGGCGGGCGGAGCGCCGGACGGGAGGCCGGCUCCUCGGAAAGCCCGGCGGGGAGGCGGGGUGAGGGAGCCGCUGGGGCGCGGACGGGAGGGCGGCUGCCCGCAAAGCCCGGCGUGCGGAUCCGCGAGGCUGGCCCUAAGAUGGCUGUUGUGCGCGGGGCGCCGUUGCUGUAGCGCCGUGAGGAGCCGCCCGCCCCGCCGCCUCGCCCGCCAUGGAGUGCCCGCAUCUCGGCUCCAGCGUCUGCAUCGCACCCGACUCGGCCAAGUUCCCGCAGGGCUCGCCCUCCUCCUGGUGCUGUAGCGUGUGCCGGUCAAAUAAAAGUCCGUGGGUCUGUCUGACGUGCUCAAGUGUCCAUUGUGGAAGAUACGUGAAUGGCCAUGCAAAAAAGCAUUAUGAAGAUGCACAGAUUCCUCUGACCAAUCAUAAGAAAACAGAAAAACAAGAGAAAGUUCAGCAUACUGUGUGUAUGGAUUGCAGUAGUUACAGUACAUACUGUUAUCGCUGUGAUGAUUUUGUCGUGAAUGAUACCAAACUGGGCCUGGUACAGAAGGUCAGAGAGCACCUACAGAACUUGGAAAAUUCAGCCUUUACAUCAGACAGACAUAGGAAAAGAAAACUAUUGGAAAACUCAUCUCUGAACAGCAAGUUAUUAAAAGUAAAUGGAAGCACCACUGCCCUUUGUGCCACAGGCCUUCGGAACCUGGGGAAUACAUGUUUCAUGAACGCAAUCCUUCAGUCACUCAGUAACAUUCAACAGUUUUGCUGUUACUUCAAAGAGUUGCCUGCUGUGGAGCUGAGGAAUGGGAAGACGGCAGGCAGGCGAACUUACCAUACCAGGAGCCAGGGGGAUAACAACGUUUCAUUGGUGGAAGAAUUCAGAAAGACGCUCUGUGCUUUAUGGCAGGGAAGCCAAACUGCAUUUAGUCCAGAGUCUUUAUUUUACGUUGUUUGGAAAAUCAUGCCAAACUUCAGGGGGUACCAGCAACAGGAUGCCCACGAGUUCAUGCGUUACCUUUUGGACCAUCUACACCUGGAACUCCAGGGUGGCUUCAAUGGUGUUUCGCGUUCAGUAAUUUUGCAAGAAAAUUCUAGUCUGUCUGCAAGCAACAAAUGUUGCAUAAAUGGAGCGUCUACUGUUGUCACAGCAAUUUUUGGAGGCAUUCUUCAAAACGAAGUCAACUGCCUAAUAUGUGGGACUGAAUCCAGAAAGUUUGACCCAUUCCUAGACCUUUCGCUAGAUAUUCCAAGUCAGUUCAGAAAUAAACGUACUAAAAAUCAAGAAAACGGACCAAUGUGCACACUACGAGAUUGUCUUCGCAGUUUUACAGACCUGGAAGAACUUGAUGAGACGGAGCUGUAUAUGUGUCACAAAUGCAAAAAGAAACAGAAGUCCACCAAAAAAUUCUGGAUUCAGAAACUACCAAAGGUGCUAUGCUUACACUUGAAACGAUUUCACUGGACAGCAUAUCUGAGAAACAAGGUUGAUACAUAUGUUGAAUUUCCCUUACGAGGCCUAGACAUGAAAUGCUACUUGUUAGAGCCCGAGAACAGCGGCCCAGAAAGUUGCCUCUAUGACCUUGCGGCUGUUGUUGUGCACCAUGGUUCAGGCGUUGGCUCUGGACAUUACACCGCAUACGCAGCGCACGAAGGCCGUUGGUUCCAUUUCAACGACAGUACUGUAACUUUGACCGACGAGGAGACUGUGGUAAAGGCCAAGGCCUACAUCCUCUUCUACGUGGAACGACAAGCCAAAUCUGGAUCAGAUAAACUUUAAUACCUCCUUCUAAUUCUCACUUAUCAAGUCCACCGGACAAAACAUUUCCAUUUUUCCAUAAAUACUUGAUCCAAGACUAUUAAUUUCAUUGUGCACUUUUCAAUUUCCUCUUGUGGGUUUUAGUUUUGUUGUGUCGAUGGUAGCAUUUGACUUACUGAAUUUGGACACAAACUAACUUUUUUUUUUUAGUUAUACCAGAAAACCUCAGCAGAUUUUGAUUUGCUGCUUUAGUUGUGAUAACUCAAUUUUUAUAUAUAUAGUUUCAUGAAAUACUUAGUUAUUUGACUUUUUUUAUAUUAAUGUUUUCAGUUCUCACUUCCUAAAGGCACAUUUACAUCAGAGAAGCUUUCUGUCCUCCUUACAAGCAAGAUAAAUGUGCUUCUGAUUAUGAAGAGCAAUACAACUUCAUGCCGUUCUCACAGCUGUUGCGUAGAUAUGAUUUACCCUCUUUAAAUCAGAGUUGUUUGCACGUGCUAUUUUCCCUCGUGCAAGAAACUAAACAGUGACCUCUGAACAAUCAUUCUUUGUCUGCAGAAGAGAGGAGAUGUGGCAUCAUUAAAUAGACCAGGUAAUUGCUGCUAUAUUGGUGUGUAUUCAGGCUGCUGACUUUCAGGAAUCAUUGUAAAUAAACAGUUGGUUCAAUUGUAUCUAUACUGCAGUUUAAUUCAACUAUUCCUCACAUAUGCUCUGCCCCCUCGACCCCUUCAAAUUUAAAAAAAUAAUCUUAAAAUAUAUACGUGUCUAAAUUGUGCUGAGAUUUAUGUUUUUUUAUCCGAACCUGAACUGCCUUAGACAUCUCUUGGUUUAGACUGUCAUCCUGAAAUUUGAUCAUGAACACUUACUUGCUUGAAAACCUGGAGAAUUCCUGGGAGUAGGACCCCAACCCUCCUUCCUGAUGGGAACUGUGACUACAGCCCCAAAGUUUGGAGUGUGUGAGAACAGUCUUAGGUCUAAAUAUAGCACCUGUCCACUAAAUGCCUGCCCUUCCCUUAAAAGUGAAAGGAAGCGGAUGGUGGUCCAGAUGCUUUACAUGACGAUUGUUUUACCAGUUCAAAUGCAGACUAAAGGGAAGAUGCUCGGUUUCACAGCGUCUCCUGUCCACCUACCUGCCCGACGGGAGAUGACAAGCCAAGGCGGCUUGUUGUCUAGCUGUGGUACCUGCGCAUUGGCCCAGUGUGGGAUCUUUAUUUACAGUCUCUAGGUGAACACUGGAGGCAUGAUACAAUUUCUAAAACUUGGCUAUCUAAUGGGGAAAGACUUCUGUUAAAAAAAAAUAAA